UGCAGGCUGAACAGGACCUAACCCAUGCAUGCUGGUUUGUAAAAGCGGCGUGUAGGCUAAAUCACCCGUUUGAGAUAGCCCGAAGGAAGACUCCGCGUCGACACUGGGACCUAUAACGCCGUUGUUUAUAUAUUUGAUUUCCGCUAUAGGUUAGCUGCUCCUUUAAGCAUCCGGUACGGUUAAUUAAUUAGAUUCGAGAUACAUGCACCUCCCUGGCGCCAUUAUUCGCACCGCAUCAAUCUUCGCCGCGAGGGAACGGAAUGGCACGAGCCGGACAGGACCGGUGCACAGUGAGAAUGAGAACCGCUCUGAGCCCAGAGACAUACCGUCAAAACAAGAACCAGCUGGCAUUUCUCUCUGCCUCUCUACUUAUGUAAUAUAAUAUGUCAAGCUAGCGGACCGUGUCCUCUUUCUCCCGAAACGUGUCUCUUCUCCGCUGAAAGCGUAACAACAGCUGCCCUUGUCGUUGCACAGACGGGGAUGUCAACACCGCAAGAUGGUCCGCAUAGCGAGCGUCCUGGGUUUGAUGAUGUUCAGUGUCGCUCUGCUCAUACUCUCAUUGAUCAGCUACGUGUCAAUAAAAAAAGAUUUUCUCUUCAUGACACCCAAAUAUGCAAAUUCAGGUGGGCCUCGGAUGUAUAUGUUCCAUGCGGGAUUUCGGUCUCAGCUGGCCAUGAAGUACCUGGACCCGGCCUUCACCCCUCUGACCAAGGCCCUGAACGAGGGCCUGCAGGAGAACGCCUCCAAAUGGCGCUAUAACAGAACGGCGUUCACAGAACAGAGAAAAGAGAUCUCUCAGCACAUCGACAUCGCCCACAACUUCACCCUGACCCGGAGAAGCGUGCGCGUGGGUCAGCUGAUGCACUAUGACUAUUCCAGCCACAAGUACGUGUUCUCUAUCGGAGAGAACUUCAAGUCCCUGCUCCCCGAGGCCUCCCCCAUCGUCAACAAACACUACAAUGUGUGCGCCGUGGUGGGGAACAGCGGCAUCCUCACAGGGAGUCGCUGCGGCCCCGAGAUCGAGAAGUUCGACUUCGUCUUCCGCUGCAACUUCGCUCCCACUGAGAUCUUCCGCCGGGACGUGGGGCGGAGGACCAACCUCACGACCUUUAACCCCAGCAUCCUGGAGAAGUACUACAACAACCUGCUGACCAUCCAAGACAGGAACAACUUCUUCCUGAGUCUGAAGAAGCUGGACAGGGCCAUACUCUGGAUCCCUGCCUUCUUCUUCCAUACCUCGGCCACGGUGACCAGGACACUGGUCGACUUCUUUGUUGAGCACAGAGGACAGCUGAAGGUUCAGCUUGCCUGGCCUGGCAACAUCAUGCAGUACGUCAACAGGUAACACUGGAUACAACUGACUGAUUGAUUGAUGUAUAGUUAAUUGAUUGAUUGAUUUGAUUGAUUGAUUGAUUGAUUGGUUGAUGAUGUUAUUGUCCUUCAAGAGGAAUUUGUUUUUCACUGCUCACAAGUUACAUGGAAUCACAACUGGACACACUUAAGAUAGUAUUGGACAGAGAGAGGUCUGACUGUGAAUGGGUCUGGAACAGAGAGAGAUCUAUCUGUGAAUGGGUCUGGAACAGAGAGAGGUCUGACUGUGAAUGGGUCUGGAACAGAGAGAGGUCUGUCUGUGAAUGGGUCUGGAACAGA